GCACUGUGUAAGUCUGUCAGUCCAUAGCUGGUCACAUUGAAAGCUAGAGUUGUGCACGAAAACGAAAAAACUUAAGGUUGAUAAAGUGAACGCCAUGAAACCGGAACACCAAAACAACUUUUCGCAAAAGUCGCAAACCACUUCGGACUCCAACAAUGACAACAAUUCGAGCAGCAGUGAUUCGGAAAUGGAAUUUGUGGGGACCAGCGCACAGGGAAAGCUGAAAAGCAAGAGAAAAGAUGAAAGACAAAUAUCUGAACUAAAACGUAAGUUGGCUGUGGCUGAAAUAAAUCUGAGGGCUCAAAAGGAACAAGGCAUUUUGCUUGAAAAUUCCGUCAAGGAUAAGGAUGAUUUUAUUAAAAACCUGCAAUUGUCGAUUGACUUAGUAACGGAAAAAAAAGAUAUGGCCAUACAGAAAUUACAAAUUCAUAUUAUUGACUUGCAAAGUGCUCUCGACUUGAGUAGAAUUGCAAUUAAGGACAACGAUAGAGGAGAAUGUGUACCAGCGAGAUCCAAUGAUAAAUUUAUAAAUACAAAUAAGGAGUUAAAUACGAAUAAUGCUAAAUUAAAAGAGAAGAAUGAUCAGAUUGUUGAAUUGGAUGCCAAAACACGGAAUUAUGAAGAAAUUCUAAAGGAAAAGGAGACGGAAAUCGCCAGAUUAGAAUUUAAAGUUGACGAGUCGAAGCUCCAAAUUGUGAAAUUGGAAGGUAAAAUACAGGAGAAGGACGAAAAGCUUGUGAAAAUGAGGGAAAUAUUGUCUGAGUAUACCGGCAAUACCAACGACACCGAUGAAUUCGUAUGCCUUAGCUCUUCCAAGAUACCUUCAAUUAAAUUAGUAACACCACCUGAUUGCGAACCCUUUGCCGCAGUUUUCGAGGAUAUUCCUUCUGCCGGUCGUGGUUGGAUGGUGAUCCAGCGUAGGAUCGAUGGCAGUUUUGAUGACGGCAUAGUUUCAAAAUUAAGAACGGGCUGUGGGGAUUUGAAUGGCGAGUUCUGGAUUGGCCUUCAAAAAUUGCAUAAGAUGACGAUAAAUCAAAGAUUGGAACUGUAUAUCGACCUUGUCGAUUUUGACAAUAUUAGUGCUUAUGCGAGAUAUGAUAAUUUUGUUAUUGGGGGCUCAAAUGAGGGAUACAAGCUGCUUUCCCUUGGCAAAUACUCAGGAAAUGCUGGCGACGCUUUUCGCAAUCACAUAAACGAAUGUGUAUAUGUCAGUAAUCCGUUUAUAUCCUCCCAUUGGAAGCAAUCGAAAUGGUGGGGUGAAGGCAACUGCAACCUAAACGGAAUAUAUCGACCAUCCAAAGUUGUUUUGGACACAUCUGAUGGCAUUUGGUGGGGUUCUUAUAAUAUCGGGAAAAGAUAUUCCCUAAAAUCUUGUAAAAUGCUUAUCAGAGCAGUGGUAAAUCUGAAAUAGAAGUUGGAAAAGAACUUCUGCUAACGGAUGUACCAUUUACAUUUGUAAGAUAUUAGGGUUUGUUUCAAUAAAAGAGUGCAUUUAGUGCACUAUGAAUCCUAUAAAUGCUUAUUCACA